AUGACUCAAAAUGUGAUCGAACCGUGGAAACAAAGGACCCAAGAUGAAUAUAGAGAGAUCAAACUAAUCGGUCAAGGCGCGUACGGAGCCGUUUAUCAAGUCGAACACCGAGCAACCGGGCAAACGGUUGUCACUUUGUGGUAUCGAAGCCCGGAAGUUUUGCUGCAAACGACAUACGGAAGCUCGGUGGAUGUGUGGGCAUUUGGGUGUAUUCUCAGCGAGAUGUACAAUCGACAAACCCUUUUCCCGGGAAGAACCGAGGCCGAUCAGUUGAAGAUCAUCGUCAACAAAAUGGGUAAACCAUCCGAAUCGGAUUGGCCAUCCGACGCAAUAAUCCCUCUGUCAUUCUACGAGUGGACACCGCGCCAAUCACUCUAUCAACUCAAUCCAAAGCUUUCACAAGCUGCUUGUCGCUUCAUUGAGAAGUGUAUCCGAUGGAAUGGUGACAUGAGAUGCACAGCGUUGGAGGCGCUCAAUGACAGCUUUUUCGACGGUCCAUACUCACAAGGAUACGAGAAUCUCUUCGAUGAACCACUACCAAAUGCUCAUCAACAA